CGAAAACCCAAAAAUCGUUGGUCCGAACCCCCCAAAGUAACCCCCAGAUCUAGGAACGCCCAUCACUCUCGCCCACUGACACACAACAACCCCCGGGACCCAUAACAGAGCGGAAAAAAAAAAUCAACCACCCUCACCGGCUAUCGUCCAACCAUAGUGAAGCAUGCAGAGAGCAUCACUACGAUCAGUUUUAUCCACCGCUCGCAGGAGUACAACCGUGCUGCCCUUGAGGCGCCCCAGGAAUGUCGCAGCUCUGAGGCUCGCUCCUCUCUCAACCCGUUCUAACCCUUCCACCUCCGGCACUGGGUCCAUGAAUACAAAAAAGCUCUCGCUUGCCCUACUGAGUGGUUUGGUUUUGACGGGUGCUUGGUACUAUAGGGACACUCUUUUGGGAGCUAGUGAAACUGGGUUUCCCAUUGCGGGUGAAUCGUCAUCAACCCCAUCCGCUACCACCACCGCAGUUGGACCCGGGGCAACCGAGGGCCCGAGGAAAGUUGUGGCCGUCGACAGCGAAUCCGUUUAUACGGGGACCCUCUCCGCUGGGCCUGGAGGAAGGGUUAGCAAAGAGGUUGAGAAUAACGGGGAGAAGGUCGUCGAGAUGUUAACCCCUGAACAAGCUACCUCAAAGUUGAGACGAAAUGAGGAGAGUUACUUUGUUGGUAGAGGAAAAGGUGUUUGGAGAUACGAUGUGGUCCAGGUUCCCAGCAACGACCCUAUUGAAGAUGAUCAUGCGGAGAAGAUUAUCGAAGUUCCCCCUACGGUAGUACCAGUGGAGGAAGGACAAGAAGCUGGCCCUAGCGAUUGGAUGUUUUGGGGAGUUUUUGACGGUCAUAGUGGCUGGACUACUUCGGCAAAACUCCGUCAAGUUCUCAUCACGUUCGUCGCUCGCGAGAUCAGCAAUACAUACAAAGCAGCCGUCACGGACCCAACCUCAAAGACGCCAUCACCCGAAUCAAUUGACAACGCUAUCAAGAAGGGUUUUCUUCAAUUAGAUCACGAAAUCAUCCACGAGAGCGUCGACAAGGUUUUUAAGAAUCCCUCAAAGUUGGUAGCCGCCGAGACGCUAGCACCCGCGCUUUCCGGUUCCUGCGCGCUCCUCGCGUUUUACGAAAGCCGCUCGAAACUCCUGAGAGUUGCCGUUACAGGUGAUUCAAGGGCCGUGCUGGGUCGUCGCGGCAGCAACGGCAAAUGGACCGCAACACCUCUUUCCGAAGAUCAGACCGGUUCCAAUGAGUCCGAGGCCGAACGGAUGAGGAAGGAGCAUCCCGGAGAGGAAUAUGUCGUGAGAAACGGACGUGUUUUGGGUGGGCUUGAGCCUUCACGGGCAUUCGGGGACGCUUUCUACAAGUGGAGUUAUGACACUCAAUUGAAGAUUAAGAAUCAGUUCUUCGGACGAACCCCUAGCACAUUAUUGAAAACACCCCCCUAUGUCACCGCAGAACCAGCCAUCACUACAACCCGGAUAGAACCUGAGAAGGGCGAUUUCCUGGUAAUGGCUACGGACGGACUAUGGGAAAUGUUGACGAACGAGGAAGUCGUUGGACUCGUUGGUAAAUGGCUGGAUGAUCAGAAGGCUGCCUCCAAGGAUGGAAAGCCAUGGUUCGGCAGCUGGUUCGGAGGAAAGGACCAGGGAAUGCUACCAGUGGAGGUCACGACUAACGACGCCACUGGUCAGCGCCAACCCGUUCGUAUCAAGCAGUGGGGAGUCACGGCGAAGGACAGCGAGAGGUUCGUCUGCGAAGACCGAAACGCUGCCACCCAUCUGGUUAGAAAUGCACUUGGUGGGAUGAACCAGGACAUGCUUUGUGCGCUGUUGACACUGCCCAGCCCUUACUCCAGACGUUAUAGAGACGAUCUUACCGUCGAGGUCAUCUUCUUCGGCGACAAUACCGAAAAUAACGGUCAAGUCACCAUCAACAAGGAAGCCACCGCAACUGUUGGGAACGACACUCCCCAAGCAAAACUAUAAAUAAGAAAUUAAACCCCUCAUUAUUGCCAUCGCCAUCAUAGCCAUCACGUAGAGUUGACAGUACCCAUAACCCCACACCUUCAUCGUCAGAUUUGGUAUAUUAAAGAGGAAAUAAAAGAAAAGAAAACCCUACCUUUA